ACCGUGCCCAAACCGGCGCACCGACGUGCGCCGCAACUAUGGUUCAAACAUAUAUUAAAAUCUUGGAUGAACAUGUUACUAAGACAUUCACCCCGGAAGUCAUAGAGAAGAUUGUAAAGCGAGCUGGAGGUGGCGUAGGAGAUGAUGAUGACGACGGCGAUGAUGACAAGAAAGGGAAGAAGAAGAUGGGGGAUCCAAAAGAAAAACUUCCUCAGGAAACCGGGCAGGUUAACAAAAUAAAACUUAAACUGCCGUGGACCUAUAAUGGAAAGAAGGAGGAAAGUGUUCUGCAUUGGGCGGCAGCAAUUGAAACCUAUGUGUACGGACAUCGAAUCCCAUAUUCGGAUAGGGUAUUAAUGGCAACUUCAUGCAUGGGAGGCGACGCCAUGAGCUUCGCCAUCUCGCUGCAAAAAGAGGCGGGAUGCAGCUCUAUGGUAGAGUAUUCGCAACAAACGCGAAUUGAAGAUUUCCUUAAGUUGAUCAGAGAAAGAUUUGAGGACAAUAACUUGGCAAGGCGCACAGAAAUGUUGAUCCUCAGCCUCCCCGGUAGGAAAUGGAAGAGUACUUCUGCAUUAAAGGCAACUAUGGAUGAGUUAUUACAAUGCCCUGAUCAUGGAUUGACGCCAGCCCAAAUCUUGAACAGUUUUGCACGAGCACUCUCGGAUCCUUUGAGAACACAAUUCUAUCCCCGUACCAAAGAAGAGGGGAUGACAUACGAGAAGUUCGGCAAGAUCGCAAUAGAUCACGCCGGCUUCCUCGCCGAAGCGAACUAUUGCCAUUACUGGAAGGAUCUGCAAGCGGGUAAAAGAUGGCAAAACCGCACGAUCUCAGGGUCUAUACCUGGGAAGGACAGUCUCCUUCUAACCUUUGAGGAAGGAGGCGCCGAGACCAUCUCCUGGGAUCAGGUAGACUGUGGUCUCGAUGAACCCAACAGACCGGUAGCUCAGGAGGGGAGUUACGCGGCUGUUGCAGCCCGCGAGGGAGGGCGUCAAGGAAGAGGGCGUGUCCGAGGAAGAGGUCGCGGCCGUGGUGGACGAGGAUUCGGCACCCAGAGGGGUGGUGGUGAAGGAAGCCACUACGUGGGAGGAAGGGGAAAUGGUCCCUCCUACGGUGGUCGUGGUUCUUACUACACUUGGGGUAGAGGAAGAGGCAUAUGGUACAAUAAGUGGGACAAGCCAUACCCACCACAUCCAGGCCUACCCGAAGGAGAGCCUUGGAAAGAUAUGGGAAUCACAAAAAAGGUAGGGGCAGAGAGAAAGAAAGCAGACCAAUGCCUCAAAUGUGGGUACCCCGACCACAUUGUCCCCUAUUGCCCUAACUAUAGGGGGGCAAAAGGGAACAGCCAGUAGAGGUGCCAGUUGCCUCUACCGGGGCUUCGAAUGUUGAAAAAUCAGAAUCCUCCCAUUCGAAGGCCCCAAUGGCAGAAACUGAAGAGGAAGAAAGUCCCCAUCUAGUGCACUGUCCAAAGGUGGCAAACGUAUGCAUCUCUCUAGAUGGAUCCCUCGCUGGCGUUGGUGAUGAGUUAGCCGCUCGUCGCCAAGCCUGGACUGAAAUGCGAAAGAAGAAAGGACAGCUAAUAAUUGCAGAUCUUGAAAUAAAUCGAGUAAGCGUAGGAGGUAUGAUAGAUAGCGGGUCUACACGCAAUUAUAUUAGUAAGAAAGGUUUGCAAAAGCAGCGUCUUGGGCUUAAAGUUAAAAGGUUAAAUGAGCCCAUUGUAAGUAAAUUAGCUAAUAGCAG